AUUCAAAAAGCACAAAUAUUUACGCAAAUAAUUGGAUUCACAAGUGUCCAUUCCAAUCCAAUCCAAUCCUAGGCAAAUUAUUGGAUUCACAAGUAUUCAUUCCAAUCCAUCCGGACCGUGGUGUGACAUACAGAUACAUACAGUCGGUCAAUAUAUUUUCGACUUGCUAACCAGAAACCCUCUACUUCCCCUCUGUUUGUUUCUCUGGAAACAUAUAGGAGUACAUUCUGUUUCGUUCUCUUGCAUUCAAGUUGGAAUUUCACUUCUAUUUCUCUGCAACCUCGUCGAUCGGAGAGAGAGAGAGAAAGAGAAUAUGGCCGUUUCUCUCUCUUCUACGGUUUAUACAACAACGGUGUCAGCAUCGGCUUCCUCCAUCAAAGAGGGAUCUCACAGGAAGUCGUGUUCGCUUACCAAACAAAUUCCCUUCAGUUUCACUCCUCUCUCCUCCCGACCCAGGAAGUUAUUUAGAGUCCAAGCAACAGUCUUGCAAGAGGAUGAUAAGAAAGUGGCUGUUGAAGAAUCCUUCCAACCAAAGAGUAUUUGUGACGAUGAUGGGAUAGGAACUCCCGGGGAGUCAUCUGAGAGUUCAUCCUCCAGUGGGUUGGAGAGUUGGGUUAUUAAGCUUGAACAGUCAGUCAAUGUUUUUCUCACGGAUUCAGUCAUAAAGAUUCUUGAUACUCUGUACCAAGGCCGAGACUAUGCAAGGUUUUAUGUACUAGAAACUAUUGCGAGAGUUCCUUAUUUUGCAUUUAUCUCUGUUCUACACUUGUAUGAGAGUUUUGGAUGGUGGAGAAAAGCAGACUAUCUGAAAGUGCACUUUGCUGAGAGCUGGAAUGAGAUGCACCAUCUGCUUAUUAUGGAAGAAUUGGGGGGAGAUGCCUGGUGGUUUGAUCGCUUUCUUGCUCAACAUAUUGCAGUCUUCUAUUAUUUCAUGAUUGUCUUCAUGUAUGCUUUAAGUCCAAGAAUGGCGUAUCAUUUCUCUGAAUGUGUAGAGAGCCAUGCAUUUGAAACUUAUGACAAAUUCAUCAAGGCACAAGGAGAGGAACUGAAAAAAAUGCCUGCACCUGAGGUUGCUGUGAAAUACUACACUGGGGGUGACUUGUACCUGUUUGAUGAAUUUCAAACUUCAAGAGUUCCAAAUUCUCGAAGGCCAAAAAUAGAGAAUUUGUACGAUGUGUUUGUUAACAUCAGAGAGGAUGAAGGAGAACAUUGCAAGACAAUGAAGGCCUGCCAAAUUCAUGGCAGCCUUCGGUCGCCUCAUUCUUUUCAAGAGGACACCAUUGAGGACGAUUCGGGUUGUAUCCCUCCCUGAGCAGAUUGUGAAGGUAUUGUAGAUUGUAUGAAAAAAUCUUUAACAUCUCCACAAGCAAAGGAAUAGAGAGAUACAUUUGAAAGAAACACACGAGAAUAAUUGUUGUUUACGAGAACAAUACAGAGGAAGAAGUAAUGAUAAUAGCAUAGUUUCAAUA